CGGGACAUUAAAUUGUUUUCUGUUUAUGUAUAAAGUUAGACAUUUAAUAAUCAAAUAGAGUGUUCAGGAAUAUAUAAAAUAAUCGAAAUUUAACUAAACAUUUAUCAUGAAACUCAUUCUCAAACGCACAAUGUAGACCAAUAGGAGGGAGAAUAACAUUUAAACUAAGAUACUUUUAUAUUCAAGUUGAUUGGAAAAUACGUUUCAGGAAGGAAAUACCAAAGAGAAAAUGGCUGCCAAGGAACGUUAUAACAACAAGAUAGGAAAAAUGACAAAGAGGAAACGUAACAUCAAGAAAAUGGCAGCGAAGGUUCUAAACGAUCCUAUCCACGGUAAUAUAGAGUUACAUCCCUUGCUGGUGAAGAUCGUUGAUACACCGCAAUUUCAACGUCUUAGGUUCAUUAAGCAACUUGGUGGCGUUUAUUUCGUGUACCCCGGGGCAUCACAUAACAGGUUCGAGCACUCCAUCGGCGUUUGCCACUUAGCCGGACGCUUUGUUCGAGCUCUUCAAGACGAAAACUCAAAAGUUCUCGGUGUAAAGAUAACAAAUAAAGAUGAACUUUGUGUUGAAAUUGCUGCAUUGUGUCAUGACCUUGGACAUGGUCCGUUUUCUCAUCUCUUUGAUAUGAAAAUUAUUCCCAAAUUGUGGGAGAAAAAGAGAGAUAAAAAAGAAUGGACGCAUGAACAAGGGUCCGCUGAUAUGCUCGAUUACAUGUUAGAAGAUAAAAAAUUAAAAAGCAUGUUCAAAAAAGAAAAAAUCUAUGCUAAGGAUAUAACAUUCAUCAAAGAAAUGAUUGUUGGAACACCAAAAGAAGAACGCAAAGGAAGAAGAGAAAAUAAAUGGUUUCUCUACGAGAUAGUUUCAAAUAAACGAAAUGGAAUUGAUGUCGAUAAAUGGGAUUACUUCGCACGUGACUCUCAUAUGUUGGGUAUUGGGAACAAUUUUAACCACAAUCGUUUAAUAUCAUUCUCGAGGGUUAUAAAGGCUAAAGGAGCAGAAGGGAAGAAAGAACAACAGAUUUGCUAUAGAGACAAAGAAGCUACAAAUCUGUAUGAUAUGUUUCAUAUCAGAAAUUUACUCCACCAACGAGCGUACCAACACAAGACAAGCAACAGCAUUGAAAUCAUGUUAUCCGAGGCUUUGGUACUGGCUGACAAGUACAUAACGUUCAAGGGCAAAGACGGAAAGAAUGUUCGCAUGUCCGAUAUAGUUAAUGAUAUGAAAGCUUACACACUUCUUAACGAUGGCGUCAUUCAUAUAAUCUUAGGCAGUAAUAAGAAAGGACUAGAGAAAUCAAAAGAAAUACUUAAUAGGAUUUUUAGACGAGAUUUGUACAGAUUUGUCGGCGAGAAAAGGUUUCCCGGAGGGACUUUUGGAGAAAAGGAUGUGAAAAGGAAAAGAGCUGUUGGAAAGAACAUUAAAAAGGAAGACGAUGUCAAGCGCGACAUUAAGGAAACAUUGGCUGGCAAUAAGAAGUUUCAAACAUUCAUGUCUAGAAUAGAUGAUAUACAUGAUGAUCCCGUUGUUAUAGAUAUUGUCGAAUUAAACUUUGGUAGCAAAGAUAGGGACCCAAUAACCAACGUUAAAUUUUAUUCGAAAAAUGAUCCAAACAAUGCAGACUCAAAGGACAAGAAAGACGUUUCUCUUCUGCUACCAGAAGUUUUCAAUGAGCAGUCCGUCCGUGUGUACUGCAAGGAAGAUAGGUAUUUCAAAGCUGUUACAGAAAUGUUUGAAGAAUGGGCUAAAAGUACGCCAAAGAGCCCAAAGAAACAGAAAACCGUUUAAAGCUGUUCAAAGCGUCAUCAUGAUUGAUUGUUCUAUGCUCAAAGAAUGCCACCAGGAAUGCACGUAACCGACAAAAAAAAAACAAAACAAAAAAAACAUUUUAGAUAUUUUUUUAUUUGUCUAAUACCCCAAAUGAGUAUUCUUGAAUAGAUUUAUUAUAGAUAAGAGUUUGUUUGGUAGACUUGCCUUACGUACCCAUUUAGAAUGUUUUUGAAGUGUGUAAUUUCACAACAUUUUGUAAGUUUUCAAAACUAAUGCUGAUUUAUAUAUAGUUAUACACUUUUGUUUAGAAUUAAGAAGUCCGGGGUCUGCUAUUUUAAAUUUAUUGUGUUUUCAUGAAGCUCAGCUUGCACAAAGGAGUUGGUAAUUUUGGUGCUUCGGUACCAACAUAUGCAUGACAAUAGUCUUCUUCUUGAAUGGAAUAAUCGUGUAAAAAAAUAUCUCGUGCAAACCUUGUCAUGAUUUUUUACUUUGAUGUUCAAACGUUUAGAUAUUCAAAAUACAGAAAACCUUUUCUAGCUUAUAGUUUGUGAAAAGCUUGAUGACGAGUUAAGGUUUUUUUCAAAAAAUAUUCUUGGAAACAGUAUGAAUAUAUAGUGUCAUUAAAAGAAUUGGCAGUUUCUUUUUAAGAAAAGACCAACUUUAUUCGACCUGUAAUAGGGAAUGCAGCUUCCCGUGCACAGUUUGUACAUUGUUUAGAUUAUAUUCAAUUUAGACAUAUUUAGAAAGAAUUUCAUAGAUUUCAAUUAUUUUCUGCGAUAAAAAAUAUAUGUAAAUCCAAGAUGAGCAUAGUAUAUCUUAUAUCAUAUUACGUAAUCAAUUACGUUAUUUUAAUAUCUGUCAAAUCAUUGUUAUUUAUUAGUCAAUUUUGCAAUAAAUUGAUUAUUUAUCAGACAAGAAUGUAACAUAUUUAAUAACAUAUUAUUCUAUCAUUAAGAUAUGUGCCUAUGUAUGUAUAUCCAUAAGAAGAUUACUAUUUGAUUUGAGAUAUGAUUUAAUCUUUAAAUUUUCUAUGAAUUUGCUAGGAAAUGUGACAAAAUAUUAAUAUAUGAAUAUUUAAUAUAAAAGUAUUAAUUAUUUAUUUUCAAAUGA